GUCUCUCCCACUCCGAAUUUUUUGCAGCCCCAAACAAACUAUCCACCCCCGUUUCGUCGGUGUUUGUGAAAAUCCGACACACAAUUACACCCGGAGUUGAUUUUUUCUAUUAAUAUACAGUAGGAAAUUCUAACCUAUAAAUUGGACAUGUCAUCUGUGGUCCCUGUAAAGCCGUUAAAAUUCGACUACCUGACGAACAAGGGGUUGGAAAAAUUCAUUUUUUCCGACGGUGAGGACAAUGACUUUGAUUUCAAGUACGUCCCCUCGGGCCAAUUCAAGCAGAUCCUGAAGGACGUGCGACGUGAGAGAACCCACAGAAACGAGGAAAAACUCUGGACAAAUUAUCGGGACCAGAGAAUCACCGGAAUUCCCCUGAAACCUUUCAAGCACCCCUUGAGGGCGAAUCAUUCCGACAUAAAUCUAGACCUCCAAAGUUUUCCCCCCGAAGGAGUUUCCCAGACCCACAGGAUCUCCAGAUCCAGCAGAAAUCCUGAAAACUUGAACGCCACCGAUACCGGAGCCCUCAGCAGAAGGAGUAGCCUCACAUUCCUCCUGCAGGAUGCCGACGACGACGAUGUCUCAACCCUGGAAAGGUCGCCAGUCUCGAAGCUGGACGUCAAGUCCAAGCACUCGAGUUCAGAGAGCACCAUCAGGUCCAGCACCUAUCGAAAGAAUCGAUUAUUACGAAAAUUGAAUCGACUGGAGUGCAAUUCAAGUCCUGAUCUGACGUCUCAGUACGAAUCUGGGGAUGAUGAGGAGUGUCUGGCGGUCCAACCACAUCCAGUGAUCGCCCAGAAGAUUCUGGGCCUCCAGGGGAGGAUCUCCGAGCUUCUGGACGAAAUAUCUUAUAGACUAUGCAGAGUUCCUCGACCUGAUGGGGAGAACGACCUCAAAAGAAGGCAGAAACGAGUCGCGGAAUUUGGAAUUCGAUUCUCGAGAAAUUAUCUGUACGAGCUUAGCAGACAAGUGGGAGAUAUUCAGAAGCACCUCAAGGGUAUCCUGAAAGGCAAGGGAAGGCGACGUGCAGCUGUCCUGCACAUGCAGGCCCUCGAGCAGAAGCUCUGUGCUGCACAUCAACUUCUAACUUGUGCUCUCACGGCCUAUUGCAAUCAUAUACCGAGCUCAGUGCUUCAGGCACAUCCUGGAAAGCUCAAGGAGAUUCUGGGGACCGUCGUCGAGUUGAAGGACGUCUGCGGGAGGAUUAAUAUCACGGCUGAGGAGGUCGGAGGGGGUGACACUGGAUCACAGGGAUUGGGCAAUGACUUGCAGAGUCGAUGCUAUGCAAUUCUGUCGAAACUUCGACUUCACUCCGACAACGAGUCCCAAUUAUUCACUGCUCGGCAAUCAGUAAUGACAGGACAAUUUCCCCCCAGUGUAAAAAGACAAACCAAUCGUCCUGAUUGCUUGAAAACUCUGGAAAAUCGUUUAAGCAUGUACACUAUGGACUCGAAAUAUCGAAAGGCCCAGCGACAACGUAGACCAGUUACAGUUGGAGUUUAUCCAAAAGACAGAAAUAUUCCUAGAGUGUCAUUAAACAAUCCCCCACCAACUCCCGAGCAGAUCUACACAAAUUCCAUCGGUCGUAAAUCAUCUAAAGACUCGACGAGGAGAAAGAGACGUUAUGGAGUCCAUGGUGAUGAUAUCAGCACCAUGAUGGAUAUAAUACCUCGUGAUUCUGUGACAGCGAUAAAUAGCAGAACUGAUCUUGGCAAUGUGGAUAAUUUUGGAAUGAUGAAUCAGGGGAGUAGUGUGUCAAGGAAAUUUCACUCUGUUGGUUCUAAUGAGAGUAAGAUUAGCAUCAAGAGACGUGCCAAACAACAUUUGGAGAGGAAUUCUAAGACUUCCGUGAAGAGCAAUAUAAGUAUCAAUGGAACUGGCGAAGGACAGGAUACGAAUGAACGAUUGGCUAAUUUGGUUCCUGUCAUUGCUGAUCUCAUGAGUCUGGUUGCGAAUAAGCCCAGUAACGGAGAAAAGGAGAGCCAGCCGACGGUGAUAGCUAGCUUACUUGAAAUUAUUAAAAAUGUCCAGCAAUCGGAGGGAAUUUCCGAUAAUAAAACGAAGAGUGAUGCUUCGGCUUCUAAUAUUAGGUUGGCUGAAGCUCCCAGUGGUCCCCGAAACAUGCAAUUGAUCUGCUUAUCUCAAGAGAACAAUAAAGGACCGUCAAAUUACACCGACGCAUCGUGUCAAGCUACCCAGGAAACUUCAAGACUGACAAAGAGAAAAGACUGUCGUUUAACCGAGUUGAUCGUCUCCGAGGAAUCCUCCCAGAUGUUACUGAACUACCGGGAUGAAUACAACACCUCCUCCCGGUCAAGUCCAAUGUAUACGAGCAACAGUCCCAACAAACCUUGGGAGGUCGUCGCUUGGAUUGCGGAUAAACUGGUCGACGAAUUGAUAGUUGAUGUCUCCAAAGAGCUUCAAAUUGAUGACGUGAUUAAAAGACUUUUCGAACUAGAAUUCUUGGAAUUUUAGACGCUUAAUUGUACGUUUUUUUAAUGCGAAAACAUUUGGAUGAAUUUAUACUUCAAGAAUAAAGUGAAGCGAUGAAAAAAUA